AGUUGGCAGAUAGAGGUGUUGGGGAAAUAUUACCACCGGACAGCGAGCAUGCGCUUCAUAGCUACUGGACGCGGAGCGGCUGCACUUUACUUUCACAUCUGAGGGGUUAUUUUUAGGUGGCUAAAAUGCAAUUUUAUCAGAUCGGCAGUAAGCUGCUGGGGGACACGGUGGGGAGGAUGAACGACAACCUGACCUCAGUGGUGCUGGCAGCUUCAGUCAUCACACUAACUCUGGCUUAUAUCUCUAAACUGCUGCUCAAACAGACACCUGACAAGGACAAGAAAUAUCCUCCUUGCAUUCCCUCCAGCAUCCCCUUCCUUGGACAUGCUGUUGCAUUUGGAAAAAGCCCCAUUGAAUUUCUUGAAAAUGCCUAUGAUAAAUACGGCCCGGUGUUCAGCUUCACCAUGGUGGGUAAAACCUUCACCUACCUGCUGGGCAGCGAAGCAGCGACCCUGAUGUUCAACAGCAAGAACGAAGACCUGAACGCAGAGGACGUCUACUCCAGACUGACCACUCCGGUGUUUGGAAAAGGAGUCGCCUACGAUGUGCCCAACCCUAUCUUCCUGGAACAAAAGAAGAUGUUGAAGACUGGACUGAACAUCGCCCGUUUUAAGGAGCAUGUGAAGAUCAUCGAGGCGGAGACGGUCGAGUAUUUUCAGAGAUGGGGAGACAGCGGAGAGAGAAACCUGUUUGAGGCUCUGUCUGAGCUGAUCAUCCUGACAGCCAGCAGCUGCCUCCACGGGAAGGAGAUCCGCAGCAUGCUGGAUGAACGAGUGGCGCAGCUCUACGCCGACCUGGACGGAGGAUUCAGCCACGCUGCCUGGCUGCUGCCCGGCUGGCUGCCUCUGCCCAGCUUCAGGAAACGGGACAAAGCUCACAUGGAGAUCAAGAACAUUUUCUACAAGGUGAUUGAGAAACGCAGGAGGUCUGGAGAGAAAGUGGACGACAUCCUGCAGACGCUCAUCGACGCCACCUACAAAGACGGACGCCCACUGAACGACGAUGAGAUCGCUGGGAUGCUGAUCGGCCUCCUCCUGGCCGGUCAGCACACCUCCUCCACCACCAGCGCCUGGAUGGGCUUCUUCCUGGCCAAAGACAAAGCUCUGCAGGAACGCUGCUUCUCCGAACAGAAGGCCGUGUGUGGAGAAGAUCUGCCUCCACUUGACUUUGAUCAGCUGAAGGAUCUCAGCUUGUUGGAGCGCUGCUUGAAGGAAACCCUGCGGCUCCGUCCUCCAAUCAUGACCAUGAUGAGGAUGGCUCGCUCUCCUCAGACCGCUGCUGGGUACACCAUCCCUGUGGGCCACCAGGUCUGCGUCUCCCCGACCGUCAACCACCGUCUGCACGACACCUGGGUGGAGAGGACGGAGUUCAACCCCGACCGCUACCUCAGCGACAACCCUGCUGCCGGGGAGAAGUUUGCCUAUGUGCCGUUUGGAGCCGGUCGUCAUCGCUGCAUCGGGGAAAACUUCGCCUACGUCCAGAUCAAAACCAUCUGGUCCACUUUGCUGCGUUUGUACGACUUCGACCUGGCGGACGGAUAUUUCCCCACGAUCAACUACACCACGAUGAUCCACACCCCUCACAGCCCCGUCAUCAGAUACAAGAGGAGGAAGCAGCAAGUGGAGAAAUAACACUUCAUGGGACUUGUGCUGAGGAAUGUUUAGAUGAAUGCACUUUUUAAACGUCAAACCUGUGCUUUUACGUCUCCUUUAUUUAGUGUGGAGUCCAGCUGUCACUCUGAAUGUCAGUAGAAUAACUCACUUUUAGAUAUUUGUGCUUCCAGAGUGAACAAACACGAUGUGUGACUCCGACUUGAUGCUCAUAUUCACAAUGUGAAUUUUUAGAAAAAUGAAAGUGGAGACAUAAUCGAGUGCCUUUGACUGAAUUAAGCGUCUGGUUUCAGGACAAUUUUACAUCCACAGUUAGUUUCUUUUUUUUAAUGCUGAAGGUGACAGACAGUUCCACAAACCGUUCAUCUCACCAUCAGAUCUGUUUGGAGCUUUCCAUUCAGUCACAUGGUCUUCCUUCUUUGGCCAGCUGUAAUUAAAUGUAAAUGUUGAAAUUGUCUUUUUUUCUGAGCUUUGUUAAGACUACCUGAGUAUAAAGGCUUUAAAGUUGAGCUAAGUGUUCAGGAAACAGUUCUGUGUUAACUGGAAGAUCAUGCAGUUCAGUCAAAAGCUCCAGAACAGCGACCAAAUAGACCUGCAAAGGGAAAACGAACACUCACGAAUAAAGGUGCUUUAAAAACAAUGAAUAAAUAGAAUCACCAACAUGA